AUGUACUCCUGGAAGAUCGCCAGUAAGUUCAAAUUUGGCCGUUCCAAGGAGGAGAAGGAACGGGAGAAGGAAAAAGAGCGAGAAAAGAGCAAGGAGAAGGAAAAACAUGGGUUAUUUCACCACAAAGGCCAUCGCAGUGAAUCUCCAUACAUGGAGCCCCCAAGGGACUCUGUGGACCGAAAGGAGACCAUAGUGGCAUCCACGUCACUGAUAGCACCGGUAAGACUGUCCACAGAUGCUAACAAGUACUCAACAACCAAUUCUUCGAUUUCCACGGGGGACGAUUCGCAAACCACGACAGGUGAGCUUGAUGACGAUAUGGUCGACUCCAGUGGCUUCACCAACAGCAAUGGGUACAAUGGGAACAAUGGGAACGAAAGUAGACAGAUACACAUUGCGGGGAACAGCUCUGGCUAUGGCACGGGAACCGGAAAUGCGAGUGCUUUUGGCGACUCCAUAAGUGCUGUGGAUGAAAUGGAAGACUCGGAGCCGUUGUUUUCAGGAAUCAUGACGGUCAAAGUCUACGGCGGCGAGGGCUUCAAACUGCCCGUUCCUAUAACCUCGAACGCACAGAUUUUGAAAAAACUUUUGAGUUCCGGGGUCGUCAAUCCGUCAGCAGAGAAACCCGGUGUCGAUCAGCUAAUCUCGUCACUUUUACAAAUGGAACUGAAUGACGGCGGUGACGAAGAGAGCUUAAUAGAGGGCGAUGUUGCGACUCGUUUCAUCCCUGCCACCAUCACGCUUCCGAGCUCAACGGACCUGAAUCCGCUCCUGUAUUUCACUAUCGAGUUUGACAACACAGUCGCCACAAUUGAGCCGGAGUCCGGAACGAUUUCCAGUUUGAAUUUCAACAAGAUCUCGACCUUUGACGUUACGAGAAAAUUGCCGUUUUUGAAGAUAGAUGUCAUGGCACGAAUCCCAUCCAUUCUGCUUCCAUCCAAGGCGUGGCAGCAAUCCAAUUUGUCAGAUCCAUAUAUCCGCGAUAUUCUGGAACGCAUCAAUAACAACCAGGACAUUCAUUUAGACUCCUACAACUUACCCUUGACCCUGGAUUUCAACUCUGCCACCAGUUUCCGUUUAUACAACCAUCAAUGGAUCAGUCUAGAAAAGGGUAACGGCAAGCUCAAUGUGAGUGUAGACUACAAGCCCGCGACCAACCGAUCGUUAAGCAUAGACGACUUUGAUCUCCUGAAGGUGAUCGGGAAGGGUUCGUUCGGUAAAGUAAUGCAGGUGAGGAAAAAGGACACCAACAAGGUGUACGCCUUGAAAGCUAUCCGGAAAUCAUACAUUGUGUCCAAAUCGGAGGUGGUGCACACUUUGGCGGAAAGAACUGUGCUGGCUCGCGUUGACAACCCAUUCAUUGUACCACUCAAAUUCAGUUUCCAGUCUCCAGACAAGCUAUACAUCGUUUUGGCCUUCAUCAACGGGGGUGAGCUAUUUUAUCACCUCCAAAGAGAGGGUCGAUUCUCGCUGUCGCGUGCUCGGUUCUACGCUGCAGAGCUGCUGUGUGCACUGGAAACGCUGCAUAGCCUCGACGUCAUCUACAGAGAUUUGAAGCCAGAAAACAUUUUACUCGACCAUCAAGGGCACAUUGCGCUGUGUGAUUUUGGUUUGUGCAAACUGAACAUGAAGGGUCAAGAAAAGACCAACACGUUCUGCGGAACACCCGAAUACCUGGCACCAGAGCUACUGCUGGGUCAAGGCUACUCGAAAGUGGUCGAUUGGUGGACACUGGGUGUGCUGUUAUAUGAGAUGCUGACAGGCUUGCCGCCAUAUUACGACGAGGAUGUCCCCAAGAUGUACAAGAAGAUUCUACAGGAGCCAUUGCGCUUCCCUGACGGAUUCGAUAAGGACGCCAAGGAUUUGCUGAUCAGCCUGCUGAGUCGCGACCCAAAACGUCGUCUGGGGUUCAACGGCGCAGAAGAAAUCAAAUCGCACACUUUUUUCAGCCAGCUCAAUUGGAAGCGUCUCUGGAUGAAGGGAUAUAUUCCGCCAUACAAACCGCCCGUGAUGAGCUCUCUCGACACCAGUAACUUCGACCAGGAAUUCACUAAGGAAAUGCCCGUUGACAGCGUGGUGAACGAUUUUCUCAGCGAAAGCGUUCAACAACAGUUUGGUGGAUGGACCUACGUGGGCAGCGAGCAACUGGGGACGUCGUUGGCACCCGGGAGAAGCGUUAGAUGA